GUACGUCUUUACUUUGGCCUGUUUACAGCAGCAGAGACACUAACGUCAUUUCCUCCCUACAGAUAUCGAGUGUCGUCUGACUGUACAUCCUUUCAUUUAGUCUCAAAUCAAAAUGACUUCAGGCGUCAUCACCUCAACUUUCUUUAUUCUCUGGGUUGCAGGUGUUUCUGAGUCUGUACUGAUCGACCAGUGGCCUCGCUACAUCUCCGUCGCUCCCAACACUGGUGUAGAAAUGCACUGUUACCAGAACGAAACAGAUCAUCAAUACAUGUACUGGUACAAACAACAGAAAGGAAAAGCUCUGGAGCUCAUUGUGUAUCUGGUAGCUGGUGGUCCUACCUACGAAGAAGGAUUCAAAUCAGGAUAUAAGGCAGAGACGGUAGAAGUGAAGAAGUCGUCCCUGACAAUCUCUAGCGUUCAGAGGAAAGACGAGGCUGUUUAUCUGUGUGCUGCUAGUUUACACGAUCGCUAUGAACCUGCUUACUUUGGCAGCGGCACCAAACUGACUGUGUUAGAACCAGGCCGUAAUAUCACCCGUCCAGAAGUAAAAAUACUCGGCCCGUCACCAAAGGAAUGCAAAAAUAAGACCCUGGUUUGUGUCGCCUCUGGCUUCUACCCGGACCACGUCACUGUGUCUUGGGAGAUGAAUGGGGACACCAGCAACCUAAGUGUGGCAACGGACAACAAUGCUCAGAGGGACAAAGACAGAGGGACCUACAGAAUCACCAGCAGACUGACGCUCAAAAACACAGACUGGGGAAACCCAGACAAUAUAUUCAACUGCACUGUCAGCUUCUUCGAUGGAAAAGCAACCAGCAUUUAUUAUAAAUCAAUUGAGGGUGUUAAAGGUAAACAACAAGGGCCCAUAACAAGAAAGAGGUUCCUGAGGGUCUCUCAGUCCGGCAAACUCUGCUACGGGGUCCUCAUCUUCAAGAGCUUCGUCUACGGAGCCUUCGUCGCGUUCUUCGUGUGGAAGCUCCAGAAAUCUGCAGGAAAACAGGACUGAGAGCUGAGCUGAGGUCUUAGAACGAAUCUUCAGGGAGAUGGAGGAUUCUGUAAAUAAUGUGUUUUGCAGCAGCUUUGCAUUCAAUCAUAUAUAAAUGAGCCAACAAAAUCCUGCUAAGGUCAGAGGAGCAGUUCAGUUCUAGGUAUAAUAUUAAACUUUCUAAUGAAAUGUAGUUUCAUUUUUCUUGCAUCUGUUUUUUUCUUUUAACCAUUUCCAGUUACUGUUACGCUUAAUUUUCUUCUCAAUAAACGUUAGUCAGAGGA